CUGACAUAAAGGCAAUGUUUAUUUAUUGAUGUGAUACACUUGCCGCCUUUCCAAUACCUACUGACAUUUAGUAUUGAUGAUUAAAACUGAAAUCGACGAAACACUGUUUAUAGUGCCGAAAUUAAUGACAUAGUCUGAAGUUUCUUUCCCACAUUGCUGUUUCAAUCGAAGCCACAUAAAACAGUGGAAGCACUCAACGAAUCAGAUAUGGACAACUUAUGGAAAAAAGAAACAACCCAAAAUCAGACCGGAUAUAUUGAUCUGUUUGCAUCCUUGCAAGAAGAUGAUGUAUGGAAUGAUGGAGCAACGAAUCCAUUGGAAACAAUAACAUUUCGGAAGGACAAUGAAAAAUCAUUGGAAAGUCGAACACGAGGAAAUGAAAUUUUUGCGGCAAAAAAUUGGGAAGACGCAAUGGAACAUUACAAUCAAAGCUUGCGCAACGCAGAGGUUGGAUCUGAAAAUGUGGCCCUAGCCUAUUCCAACCGAUCGGCAUGUUUUUUCUACAUGCAAAUGUACGAUGAAGCGUUGGUAGACAUUGAGCUGGCCAAAAAAGAAAAUUUACCGUACCGCCUUUUGCCAAAGCUUCAAGAACGUCGACAAAAAUGUUUGGAAUUAGCGAAUACGGUACAACGAAUGCCAGAAUAUCAACCGAAAUUGGACUAUGAACCAAAUAAACAAUUCCCUUGUUUGGCAAACUUAGUGAAAAUAGAACAGAAUGACGAAUUUGGUCGAUACUUGGUCGCAAAUAGUGACAUUCCAAAGGGCAAAACGAUUUUAUUGGAAGAACACUUUGCAGUCAGUCAUAUCGAAGAUUUUUCCAUAUGCUACACAUGUUAUCGUGCCACAUUUUCAAAUUACCUCGCUUGCGAACACUGCACGAAUGUCAUGUUUUGUAGUGUUGAGUGUAAGAAUCGCAAUAAAACCCAUGAAUGGGAAUGUGGUACAUUCUUUGGAAUGAGAUUUUUCAAUGACGUUAAAAUACAGAAAUUUUUACAUCGAACAAGAUUGAUUGUCCAGACGAUUUUGACAGCCGUUACAACUUUUCCGAAUGUUGAGACUUUGAUGCAAUUCGUUGAAAAUACUUUGCGUGAAGAUCCUGACAAAUUGCCUACUUCAAUGCAUGACAAUGUCUCGAAGUACCACUUCUUUUUUAAAUUGAAGAAAAGAAUGGUUAACCCUUUGGAUGGUGUGAAACGUGUGUACCAAUGGAUCAUGCUACUACCAAAAAUACGAGCUCUGUUUGACAACGUGGAAAAGCAACAUUUUUUAAUGCAUUUGAUCGCACAUCAUUCACUUAUUGUAGAUACAAAUUCCAUCGGAAGCAAAGAAAGUUCAAAUGUGAACAUUGUUUUUUCAAUGUUUAACCAUUGUUGCGAGCCAAACGUGAAAGAAAGCUCGUCUGAAAAGAUUACCUACUGUACAACAUCUCGACCGGUUAAAAAAGGGGAGCAGCUCUUCAUCAGUUAUUUAUCACCUGACGAGAUGAAGUUACCGAAAGAAAAACGCCAAGAAAAACUUCGAAAUGCUUGGGGAUUCGUGUGCAAAUGCAAGAAAUGUGUUUGAGUUGUUAAGUAUAUCAAUAGAUCACUUAAAUCUGAUGCUGGAAAGUCCAUUUGUUUUGCAUUUUACAUUUGUAUGCUACAGUAUUAAGCCAUAGAUUAAGGACAUGACAAAAAGAAAUAUAUAAAAUCAUCUAUUUUUAUUAUGACCAAAUUAUAUAUACUUAUAAAGCAUUUCCUUGGACAAAAUUCUAUUUACCGAUAGAAAUUAUAUCGAUGUUGUAGGUAUUGAAGAAAAACCCGCUUGUUCAAUCACGCAAAAAUAAACACACAGUAAUCAAAGCCAGAA